AUGUCCGCGCCGUCCGAGGAAGAAGAGUACGCGCGGCUCGUGAUGGAGGCGCAGCCGGAGUGGCUGCGCGCGGAGGUGAAGCGGCUGUCGCACGAACUGGCCGAGACCACGCGUGAGAAGAUCCAGGCGGCCGAGUACGGGCUGGCAGUCCUCGAGGAGAAGCACCAACUCAAACUGCAGUUCGAAGAGCUCGAGGUGGACUACGAGGCCAUCCGCGGCGAGAUGGAGCAGCUCAAGGAGGCAUUUGGACAGGCCCACACGAACCAUAAAAAGGUGGCUGCAGAUGGUGAGAGCCGAGAGGAGAGUCUGAUCCAGGAGUCAGCUUCCAAGGAGCAGUACUAUGUACGCAAGGUGCUAGAGCUGCAGACGGAGCUGAAGCAACUGCGCAACGUGCUCGCCAACACGCAGUCAGAGAAUGAGCGUCUGGCCUCCGUGGCUCAGGAGCUGAAGGAGAUCAAUCAGAACGUAGAGAUUCAGCGCGGCCGCCUGCGGGAUGACAUCAAGGAGUACAAGUUCCGGGAGGCACGCCUGCUGCAGGACUACUCGGAGUUGGAGGAGGAAAACAUCAGCCUGCAGAAGCAGGUGUCUGUGCUCAGGCAGAAUCAGGUGGAGUUUGAGGGCCUCAAGCAUGAGAUCAAGCGUCUAGAGGAAGAGACCGAAUAUCUCAACAGCCAGCUGGAGGAUGCCAUUCGGCUCAAGGAGAUCUCGGAGCGGCAGCUGGAGGAAGCUCUGGAGACUCUGAAGACAGAGCGGGAGCAGAAGAACAGCCUGCGCAAGGAGCUGUCGCACUACAUGAGCAUCAACGACUCUCUCUACACCAGCCACCUGCACGUCUCCUUGGACGGCCUCAAGCUUGGUGACGACGCCGAGGCCCUGGCCAAUGGCUUCGAGCACGGUGGCCUGGGCAAGGUGCCGCUGGACAACAAGACCUCCACGCCCACCAAGGACGGCCUCACUCCACCCCCUCCUAGCCUCGUUUCUGACCUGCUCAGCGAGCUCAACAUCUCUGAGAUCCAGAAGCUUAAGCAGCAGCUAAUGCAGGUGGAGCGGGAGAAGGUGGGCUUGCUGGCGACACUGCAGGACACACAGAAGCAGCUGGAGCAGGCACGAGGGGCCCUGUCAGAGCAGCAUGAGGAGGUGAGCCGCCUCACGGAGAACCUGAGUGCUCUGCGGCGCCUGCAGGCCAGCAAGGAGCGGCGGACAGCCCUGGACAGUGAAAAGGAGCGAGACAGCCACGAGGAUGGCGACUACUAUGAGGUGGACAUCAACGGGCCUGAGAUCUUGGCUUGCAAGUACCGUGUGGCCCUGGCAGAGGCUGGUGACCUCCGGGAGCAGCUGAAGGCCCUGCGCAGUGCACACGAGGCCAGCGAAGCCCAGCAUGCUGAGGAGAAGGGCCGGCAUGAGGCUGAGAGCCAGGCGCUCACCGAGAAGGUCUCCCUGUUGGAGAAAGCCAGCUGCCAGGACCGUGAGCUCCUGGCCCGGCUGCAGAUGGAGCUGAAGAAGGUGAGCGACGUUGCAGGAGAGACACAGGGCAGCUUGAGUGUGGCCCAGGAUGAGCUGGUGACCUUUAGCGAGGAGCUGGCCAAUCUCUACCACCACGUGUGCAUGUGCAACAAUGAGACACCCACCCGUGUGGUGCUGGACUACUACCGUGAGGGCCCGGCUGGCUCCGGCAGCCGCAGCCCUGAGACCCGAGAGCGCCGCUCGCCGGUCCUGCCCAAGGGCCCACCACCCGCAGAGGGUAGCGCCAGGGACAGCGGCCCCUCGCCCGGCUCCUCUCUGCCCUCACCCCUGAGCGACCCCCGCCGAGAGCCCAUGAACAUCUACAAUCUGAUUGCCAUCAUCCGUGACCAGAUCAGGCACCUGCAGGCAGCCGUGGACCGCACCACGGAGCUGUCUCGGCAGCGCCUGGCCUCCCAGGAGCUGGGCCCGGCUGCCGACAAGGACCGGGAGGCACUCAUGGAGGAGAUCCUGAAGCUGAAGUCGCUGCUGAGCACCAAGCGGGAGCAGAUCACCACGCUGCGCACGGUGCUCAAGGCCAACAAGCAGACGGCAGAGGUGGCCCUCGCCAACCUAAAGAGCAAGUACGAGAACGAGAAGGCCAUGGUGACUGAGACCAUGAUGAAGCUGCGCAAUGAGCUCAAGGCCCUCAAGGAGGACGCGGCCACCUUCUCCUCACUGCGUGCUAUGUUUGCCACCAGGUGUGACGAGUAUAUUACACAGUUGGAUGAGAUGCAGCGGCAGCUGGCAGCUGCCGAGGAUGAGAAGAAGACACUCAACUCACUGCUGCGCAUGGCCAUCCAGCAGAAGCUGGCACUGACCCAGCGGCUGGAGCUGCUCGAGCUGGACCACGAGCAGACCCGGAGGGGCCGCGCCAAGGCCACCUCCAAGGCCAAGCCUGGCCCCCCGAGUGUAAGUCAUACCUGCGCCUGUGCUAGUGACAGGGCUGAGGGUGCUGGGCUUGCUGCCCAGGUGCUCUGUGGCGAGAAGUAUAACAUUUACUGCGAUUAG